AUGGUUAGAAGAAGUGAAAGAUGCCUUGAAUCAAGGCUGAAGAAGAUUAAAUCUAGCAAGGAUAAUCCUAUUUUGAUAGAAGAUAAUGCAGGGAAUAAUGAAGGACAAACAUCGCAUGAUGUACCUGAAAACUUCUCAUCUGAGUCUGAUGAGGUAUCUAAAAAGAGGAAGUUUGAGAAUGAUGUUAGAGCAAGUGAACAGAAGAAGAUGAAGAAAAGUGAUAAGAAAGAAGCGAAAAGGAGUGAGGAUAAAAAAAGGGGAGAAAAAAGAAUGGAGCAGAAGGAAGAUUAUGAGGUUGUAGACAACCAUCAUAAAUGGAAAGAUCUGGCCGAGAAGGUCUUCGAUAAUGAUAAGGCAAUGUUUGAGGAAGAUUUCGUGGAAAGAAGGACGUUCCAUGAAAAUGUAAUGAGGGAGGAAACUAAUGUUACAUUUGAGAGAGGUGAAAGCUCACGACAAGGUGAGACAUCCAAUGAGAAAAUUCCUAAUGACUUCCUGAAAUUUCAAGAACUCAUUCUGGCCAACAAUGAAUGUUUAAACAAUAAAUUGGACAAGCUGAUUAGGGAGGCCAAAAGUCUCAAGGAUAUGUUGAAAGAAAAGGUAAAUCAAACAGUGGAAAAUAAUGAUAACAUACCAAUGGAUGACAAUAAUGAUGAAGGUGAAGGGGAUACACACAAUGAGAAUGUUGAACAUGAAGUUCAGAGGGAUAAGAGAAAGUUGGGAAAAAUACUUGCUCAAAGACCUGUACCUGUUAGGACUGCUUCAACUAAUGCUUAUCAACAAGCAGUCAGAAAGAGCAUAAGGAGAGGGACUUUACCUUCACAGAUAUUGAGAUCGCCAUACACAACGAAAUUUGGAUCUACAGAGCCAAAAAAGGAAAGGAUAGAGUUCAAUGCUCAAUGA